ACAUAUACGCGGUUUCCGGCAAUACCCCACCUCUUCCACACCCCAACUAUACAAACAACAGGACAUAUACACCACCGCCUUCUCCUACAAACCCACCUCACAUGCAAUGGCCGAUCAGAACAGGCCCGUCACCGGCUACCCCGCUCCGCCUGCUUCCAACGGCUAUCCUACCAACACUGCCACUGCAUACCCUUACGUUGCACCGCCACCACAGAAUCAGGGCGCAUACUUCAACGUUUCUGCCAACCCUUACUACUCCGAUCCCUAUGCCAACCAACAACGUGCCACCUUCAUCCGCCGCAUCUUCGCUGUCUUUAUUGCUUGCAUUAUCAUCAUCGGGACCAUAGUGUUCAUCAUGUGGCUCAUCCUCCGCCCCCAAGUCCCUCAGUUCCGUUUAGAUACCCUAACCCUAUCUAACUUCAACAUGUCAUCAAACUCCCUGAUUUCCGGCACUUGGGACGCUCGUUUCACUGUACGUAAUCCUAACUCAAAGAUCGUUCUCUACUACGAUCACAUCGAAGCUGCCGUCUUCUACAAAUCCGAAUCGAUUUCGGAGACAACAGUGCCGCCUUUCGCACAGGGAAAGAAAAAUGAGACGACUGUUCGGGCAACUUUCGUUUCCGCGUCCGCCUAUGUCGAUGAUCGGAAUGGUAUCAGUAGCGAGAGAUCUCGUGGCACGGUAGACUUCAAUUUGAGGAUGAUGGCUAGGGUUCGGUUUAAGGCUGGUGCUUGGUGGGCUAGACGGCGGAUUCUGAAGAUUUAUUGCCCUAAUUUGUUAAUUGGGGUUUCUACAAAUAGCACCGGUGGAUCUUUGUCUGGUGGCUCCAAGAACUGCAGGGUUGGUCUGUGAUUACAAGGUACUUUAUCAUGCUUUUCUGAAACCUAAUACAGUUGUAGUCGAGAUCUUCUGACCUUUUCUUAGUAUGAUAUGUACAGACUGCUGUUUUUUUGUACCUUUCUUUUGAAUAUAUGUAUUCAAAUUCGUUUUUCA